GAUGGUGUACUUUAUGCGGUUCUCCAUUAAAGUAUAUAGCCCUUGUAGGGUACACCUAUUAGCUAUACAUUCGAAUACCUCCCUGCAAUGUCAGAUCUUUUAAGUAUGCGAUAUUGUGCAAUGAUAUGUACAUGUAGAGUCUCUGUCUUUAAGAGACUUGUUUUGUACAACAAUCGUUGUUUUUACCACAGAUUUUUCACUUGCUCACUGGCUUACUGCUAAGGGCUAUCCGUUCAAUAGUUACCUUGGUGAUGACGUCACAACAGAGCUUCUCGAAGUUUUAGGUAUCAUCGGAUAUUUAAAUGAAAUACAGUGUGAUAGGAAAUCUCAGCCCUAUUCUCCGUCUGCAAAUGGAUGGAAAAAAAGUUGUUCGCUAGGUGUACACGUUAGCCCUCUGCAAAAUAUACUAACUUGUGAUCUGGAAGAGUCGUGCACAUCUGUGGACUGCUGUGUAGAUGUGUAUUUACUGGAAAAAAUCAUUCAACAUCAGAUUUAAUCUUGACCCAUGUUCAAACAUGCUUGAAAUUAGCAUUGAAAAACUGGUAUUUGAUAUACCAUUAAACGACUACAUAUAUGGAUCGCAGUCACGGUUCUGUUUAUAUGGAAUGGUCUGCUUAGAUUUUUCUAUAAAGGAUUUGUUUUGGUCAAGAACAUAUAUCGUUGAUCUGGAACUCAACAUUUGUUUUGAUUCGUCAACACCCUGUCGUAUAGAAAGUCAAAUUUUCAAGUCAACUGCUUUGCCAAAACCAAUUUGCAGCUGGGAAGAGGCAAACAUAGUACAAAAUUUCACAUUAAAUAACUGGUUCUUCGAGAGAGGAAUGCCAGAAAUGAUCAAGUUGCCUUCAUAUAUUGCUAGCGUUCUUGAAAACGAUAUUGGCCUCUCCAUGUAUUUUAAUGAAGAAGAAUGUAGACAAAACGUGUCCCCUUACCUAUCAAAUUCUUCCAGUUGUUCUUCAGAUUGUCCAUUGAAAAUACACACGUUAGUUGAUGAUGCUGAUAUUAUGUGUUAUAUUCCGAAGUAUUGUACAGCUGUUGACAUUUGCGCACAUGUUCCUCUAAUCAACCGAAAUAUUCACGUCUAUCUACGGAUUCACGCCUGCAAUUCGGUGCUGGAUGUUGGCAUUGAACAAUUCCAAUUUUCAGUCGGACUCUUUGACUUUGAAUUUGGCAAAGACGUUGCGAUAAACCUGAAGGAUGUAUUCAAAAUGAAAUUCCGCAUUGAUGAGCUUACGACAAAAGGUGUUUUUGUUGUGGAUCUUGAAUUAAGCAUCUGUUUUUCAAACUCAAGUUGUGAAAAGACAUUCAUCAUAUUUGAUCGUACGGAGCUACCGAAUAUGCCAUGUUCUUUGGAUUUAGGAUUUCGAAACGAAUCAUUUUCCCUUACUGAAUGGAUGAAUGAGAGAAGUAUUUCGAAAGGAGACGUGACGGAUGUGCAACGCAAGGAAUUGUUCGAAACACUUGGUUUGGCAGUUUAUCUAUACGACAGCGCCUGUUAUCUAUCUGAACUACCAUACACUCCGUCAAAUAACGGCUGGAAUAUCGAAUGUCCCGUUGAGCUGACGCUUAGUCCCCUGCCUUCUGGCAUCGGUUGUUUCAUUUCUGACAUGUGUACAGCUAUCCAGUGUUGUCUCGAGAUAGAAAUUGUCCAAACAUCUGUUUCCUUCUACGUUAUUGUUGAUGGAUGUGGAAAAAAAUUGACCGUUGGUAUAGAACAAAUGAAGUUAGUGUUGGAUAUAGAUAGCUAUCAGUUCGGCCAAUGGGAUCGAUUCUAUUUGUUUGGUGUCUAUAGAAUCGAUUACAUGCUUGAAAACUUCCAAGGAGGUCGUAAAUAUGUUCUCGACGUGAACAUAAGUGCUUGUUUUGAAAGUCACAGAGAAUGCGAAUUCACCCUUCCUGUACUCCAGAAAGCUAUCUUGCCUAAAGUAAAUUGUGACUGGCAGAAUGGAUUCAUUGAUAAUGAUUUUUCCUUUGAGUCCUGGAAAAGCGAUAACGAUGUUAACGAAAAUGCAACACUUUCUAAUGCUCAGUUUGAUAUUCUGGCGAAUGACUUGGGUAUCAGUCAGUAUCUUUUUGAUAACGAGUGCGAGCUGUCUUCCAAUAGACCCCUUCAAGGAUGGAAUAACGCAUGUACUCUGGGUGUUAACUUGACAGUUUUACCAAGCAACAUCGAAUGUACGAUUGGAACCUCUUGUUUGGCUAUAGACUGCUGCCUCAAUGUCAGUAGUCUCAAUCGAAGAUUUGGAUUUUCUCUGCAUGUAGACGACUGUGAAUAUCAGAUAUCAGCGAGUAUUGAAAAUCUUGUUAUUGAAAGAAAAAUGUCCGCUUUCGAAUUUGGUAAGCAGAUUCACUUUGACAUAGACGGACUAAUUUCUAUGCGAUUUCUGGUAGUUAAUAUAGAAUAUAGUAACAAGUAUUUGUUGGAUAUGGAUGUUGAUGUGAACUUUGAGCCAAAUGAGCCUGCAGAAAUAUCUGUCAAACUGCUUGAUGAUAUGAUUGUACCACGUAUCCCAUGUCAGCUUAAUGCUAAUUUUAUAAAGAAAGAUUUCUCUUUGGACAAGUGGAAAGAAGAGAACAAUGUAAGUGUCCUUGAUGACUAUCAGUCUACAAGACUGCUGGAAGAUAUCGCCAUUGCACCAUUCCUGAUUCCCGUUAAAUGUGAUGUACUUGAGCGAUCUGAAAUUGAUACAUCCUUAUGUCCGAUAGAGGUUGAGACUUUAUAUAUGUACGGUCAAGGCUCAUGUUCACUGACCGAAAUAUGUUCCGGUAUUCGUUGUUGCCUCAAGUCAUCUGAGAUUCAAUCAAACUUCUAUAUCGAGGUCGGAAUUGAUGCAUGUAGGGAAGAAGUCAUAGUUGUUAUUGAAAAACUUAAAUUUUUGUUUCCGUUUAGAAACUUCACUUGGGGAGAAGUACAAACAUUCAGUCUAUACGGUGUGAUCAAGAUUGAGGUGGAAUUGUCUGAACUUGUGAAGUCACAGAUUUACAGCUUAGACCUUAAUGCAAGCAUUUGCUUUGGAGAACUUCAAACCUGCAACACAGUGUUUCAAAUUCUGCAGGAUGAAUAUAUGACUGCCUUGCCUUGUAGUUGGUCCUCAGGAUUUUUAGACACGGACUUUAAGUUUGAAGAAUGGCGAAAAAAGUAUCAUUAUGAACUUCAAAAACAGCUUCCUGAAACUGGUGUAGUAUUUUACUUGUCAAAGAUUGGUGUUGAUUCUUACCUCCUCCACAAAAUGUGCGACCAUUCAGCAGGGCUUUAUUCACAGACCUCUUCGACAGGCUGGACGUCAGACUGUCGAAUCAAUGCGAGCGUCCAGACUCUACCAGACGACACAAAAUGUUUCAUGGAUGACACAUGCUCUGGAUUUGAGUGUUGUUCUUAUAUUGACGUACUGCAGCGGUCGAUUCAAAUAAACUUUCAACUAGACCCCUGUUCUCAAAUUUUAACUAUCGGAAUUGAACGCAUUUCGCACCGCAUAUCUUUAACAGCAUUUGAAUGGGGCGUAUGGAAUAAAUUCUAUCUUAAUGGUUUUGUAAGACUAGACUAUUUGAUCACGAGCCUACCGAUACAAAAGAUAUAUGUUGUAAAUGUUAACCUAAGCAUUUGCCUGGAUCAGCACAGCUGUGAAGUAGAGGUAGAAAUUCUAAACUACGAUGUUUUGCCUCAGAAAAUAUGCGGAUGGAAUCCAGACUACACAGCAGAUGAAUUUUCACUUGCACAAUGGAAGAACGACAGAGGCAUAAACGAAAUAGGAGGGUUUGACGAUGUCCAACAGAAGCAGUUGAUGACAGAUUUGGGUAUAUAUCCAUAUCUUCUGGAAACGGAAUGUCAGGCAGUCAACAGUUCUGGUUCAGAAGAAUGUGAUGUGUCAGCAGACUUCCCAUCAUCUUGCAGUUUAUCUAACAGCUGUGCGAGAGUAUCAUGCUGUUUAUGUUCAGAUGUUUUACAGCGACGCAUUUUCUAUGAAUUAGACUACGACAGAUGUAACCAUAUGAUCAACAUAAGUAUAGAAACUUUUAGCAGGACAAUAUCUGUUUAUGAGUUUGAGUACGGGAAGGAAACGACUGUGUCAUUGUAUUCCGUAUUAAAAAUACAGUUCGUGAUAGACUAUCUUGUGAUCAGUCGGUCUCACAUUGUUAGCUUGAACAUAAGUGAGUGCUAUGAAGCGAACGGUUCAUGUUCAGUAGUGACAGAGGUACUGGUAGGAGACCAGUUUUCUUCCGAAGACUGUCCUAUUAACAAGAACUACAAAACUGAAGGCACGUAUAAAGAAAAAGGAUGA